ACACAACAGCAACACACAACAGCACACAGCAGCACCAUCCGCACGCAGGACCCACAACUACACACCGGGCGCAGGAGCAGCCACACAGCAAGGACACCCCACCUGGGACUGGGAUCUCUACACAUCCUCAAGGAGGAGGCAGCAGGAAGGUGAAACAUGACGUCUGCAACUUCACCGAUCAUUCUGAAAUGGGACCCAAAAAGCUUGGAAAUAAGGACUCUUACCGUGGAGAGCCUCUUGGAGCCCCUUGUCAGCCAGGUAACCACGCUGGUGAACACGAGUAGUAAGGGUCCAUCUGGCAAGAAGAAAGGACGCUCAAAAAAGGCCCACGUGCUGGCGGCCUCGGUGGAACAGGCUACCCAAAACUUCUUGGAAAAGGGAGAGCAGAUUGCCAAGGAGAGCCACGACCUGAAGGAGGAGCUGAUCUCCGCUGUGGAUGACGUGCGGAAACAAGGGGAGACCAUGCGCAUCGCCUCUUCAGAGUUCGCCGAUGACCCCUGUUCUUCGGUAAAACGCGGAACGAUGGUGCGAGCGGCCCGGGCCCUGCUCUCUGCUGUCACGCGUCUGCUCAUCUUGGCAGACAUGGCCGACGUGAUGAGACUUUUAACCCAUCUAAAAAUUGUAGAAGACGCUCUGGAAACCGUGAAAUGUGCCACGAAUGAGCAGGAUCUGGCGUAUCGAUUCAAAGAAUUUGGGAAAGAGAUGGUCAAAUUAAACUAUGUUGCGGCAAGACGGCAGCAGGAGCUGAAGGACCCUCACUGCAGGGAUGAGAUGGCGGCUGCUCGAGGAGCUCUGAAGAAGAACGCCACCAUGCUGUACACCGCGUCCCAGGCCUAUCUGCGCCAUCCAGACGUGGCGGCCACCCGGGCCAACAGGGAUUAUGUGUUCAAGCAAGUGCAAGAGGCCAUUGCCGGCAUCUCCAAUGCUGCCCAGGCCACCUCCCCCACUGACGAGAAGCAGGGUCACACGGGCAUAGGGGAGCUGGCCGCCGCACUCAAUGAGUUUGACAACAAGAUCAUUUUAGAUCCCAUGACCUUUAGCGAAGCCAGAUUCCGGCCGUCUCUCGAAGAGAGGCUCGAAAGCAUCAUCAGCGGGGCGGCCCUGAUGGCCGACUCGUCCUGUACCCGGGACGACCGCAGGGAGAGAAUCGUAGCCGAAUGCAACGCCGUUCGCCAAGCCCUCCAAGAUCUGCUGAGCGAGUACAUGAAUAACACGGGACGGAAAGAGAAGGGCGACCCACUAAACAUCGCCAUCGACAAGAUGACCAAGAAAACGAGGGAUCUGAGGAGACAGCUUCGGAAGGCGGUGAUGGACCAUAUUUCUGACUCCUUCCUGGAGACUAAUGUCCCCCUGCUGGUUCUUAUUGAGGCAGCGAAGAGCGGUAAUGAAAAAGAGGUGAAGGAAUAUGCCCAGGUGUUCCGCGAGCACGCCAACAAAUUGGUCGAGGUGGCCAAUCUGGCCUGUUCAAUCUCCAAUAAUGAAGAAGGCGUAAAGUUGGUCCGUAUGGCAGCUACCCAGAUCGAUAGUUUGUGCCCUCAGGUGAUCAACGCAGCCUUGACAUUAGCUGCUCGGCCACAAAGUAAAGUUGCCCAGGAUAACAUGGAUGUCUUUAAAGACCAAUGGGAGAAGCAGGUCCGGGUUCUUACAGAAGCCGUCGAUGACAUCACAUCCGUGGAUGACUUCCUGUCCGUGUCAGAAAACCACAUACUGGAGGACGUGAAUAAAUGUGUCAUCGCCCUGCAGGAGGGCGACGUGGAUACACUGGAUAGAACCGCAGGCGCCAUUAGAGGUCGUGCGGCCAGAGUGAUCCAUAUCAUUAACGCCGAAAUGGAGAACUACGAAGCCGGUGUUUAUACGGAGAAAGUCUUGGAAGCGACCAAAUUACUGUCAGAAACUGUUAUGCCCCGAUUUGCUGAACAAGUUGAAGUUGCCAUUGAAGCAUUAAGCACAAAUAUCCCCCAGCCGUUUGAAGAGAAUGAAUUUAUAGACGCGUCCCGUCUGGUUUACGAUGGAGUGCGUGAUAUACGGAAAGCCGUUCUCAUGAUAAGGACUCCCGAAGAACUUGAGGACGAUUCUGAUUUUGAACAAGAAGAUUAUGAUAUUAGAAGCCGAACGAGCGUGCAGACGGAGGAUGACCAACUUAUCGCUGGCCAAAGCGCAAGAGCUAUCAUGGCUCAGCUACCGCAAGAGGAGAAGGCAAAGAUAGCCGAGCAGGUGGAGAUCUUCCACCAGGAGAAAAGCAAGCUGGACGCGGAGGUCGCCAAAUGGGAUGACAGCGGCAAUGACAUCAUUGUGUUGGCCAAGCAGAUGUGCAUGAUAAUGAUGGAAAUGACAGACUUUACCAGAGGGAAAGGUCCGCUAAAGAAUACAUCCGAUGUGAUUAACGCAGCUAAAAAGAUUGCGGAAGCCGGUUCCAGGAUGGACAAAUUGGCUCGCGCGGUCGCUGAUCAGUGUCCCGAUUCCGCGUGCAAACAGGACUUACUGGCCUACCUGCAGCGAAUCGCCCUGUACUGCCACCAGCUUAACAUCUGCAGCAAGGUGAAAGCAGAAGUCCAGAACCUAGGAGGGGAACUCAUCGUAUCGGGGACUGGAGUGCAGAGCACUUUCAAUACCUUUUAUGAAGUAGCAGGUGAUGUCAUAGCUGGAGGCAGGGAUAGUCAACUUUCCCUCGACCUACUUCCCUCCUGUGCUGAAAGCGCCCUUUUCGGGAACGGAAGCCGGGAUUCUACCAUGCUGGAUAGCGCCACGUCUUUGAUUCAGGCGGCCAAGAACCUGAUGAACGCCGUAGUCCUAACGGUUAAAGCAUCCUACGUCGCAUCUACCAAGUACCAAAAGGUCUACGGUACGGCUGCUGUGAACUCCCCUGUCGUGUCUUGGAAGAUGAAGGCUCCCGAGAAGAAACCAUUAGUGAAGAGAGAAAAACCCGAGGAAUAUCAAACCCGAGUAAGGAGAGGCUCCCAAAAGAAGCACAUCUCUCCAGUACAAGCUCUUAGCGAAUUUAAAGCAAUGGAUUCAUUCUAAAAUACUAGGCUUUAAUACGGUUUUGCUUUCUCUAUCUCUCUUUUUUUUUAAGUCACUUUGUAUGCAUACCUGCCGACUUGUAGGCGUCUGGCAUGUACCAAAAUCUUAGCGGUGUCCAUUUUCGUGCAUGCUAAACUGCAAUUUUAUUGGGGUUGCUAUACAUUUGCAAUCAAGCAAAUACAUUGACUGCUAUUAAAAUAGUAAUCUUUUGAGCUCCAGAGUCGAUAACUAAUGCUUUUACUGUUUUCGUAAGGUUUUUGUCCCAAAUCUACGUUGUCCAUAUGUACAUUUUAAAGGAAUCAGUAGAAAGGAUAAUAAAGAGAGGUGAACAAAAAUAUAAAAUAGUACAUGGUAUGCUAAUGAAUAUCCAUUAAGGCAUAUUUGUGAUGGGUCCCCUUAAUAUAAU